AUAUAUAGUUUCUGUGUCUGAUCCCGUUUUUAAUUCGGGUUAAGAUUGAAAGCGUGAGAAUGCCGGUGAAGAAGUAUUACUGCGAUUACUGCGACAAGCUAUUCCAAGACACACCAGCAGAUCGGAAACGACACGUUCAGGGCAUUCAACACCACCAAGCCAAAGCUCGCUGGUACGAUUCCUUCAAACAACAACAAAUCCCUCCGAUUCCCAAUCGACCCCUUUGCUUUCACUUCGUCAACACGGGAUUUUGCCGCUACGGCGACUCUUGCAAAUAUCUCCAUCCCGUUCCCAACAACAAUGUCCAGCAGCCGCCAAUCGUAACCACACCGUCGCCUUCACCAGUUCAUGGGUUUUCACAGCACCAAGAACGUGAAUGGGUUUGUUAUUGGGUUUCAGCAGCAAGGGGAGGCAAAUGGAGUUUAUGGACCUAUUCAUCGAAAGCACUCUUAGUUUUUGUCAACAUCUUAUCUUUUUCAUCUUUAUUUCUAAGUUGAAUUUUAAUAUAUUUUUGUAGAAAAUAUGUUUAAUUAAUCAUGAUACCCUUCGAGUGAAUGACAUCUUGUAUUCAACUAAGUUUAUAGCACAUUUUCACUGUCAGGUUUUACGUUAGUAAUCUAGAGAAGUUAUCGAACAUAUUUACGUGGGUAAAACAAAAUUCAGAAAACGUCUGUUUCUGAACUGGAACGUUUAACAUCUCUAGAAGAAUGUUGCAUAUAAAAGAAGAAUCUUGUAUACAAUAAGGUAUCAAGCAACCUACUUUGACACUACUACAAUAAUGCAUUACUGAGAAAGUAAGAUUCUGAUAAGAAGCAAUUCUGUGAAUAAAGCUUCAUAAUCAUGUAACUUUGAGCUUUAUCCUUAGUAACAAAUCAUGUACUAACUUAUAAUUUGUUUGGCCACAAACAUGGAAGAAUUAUAUGUUUUUAUGUCCAAAUUAAGGUGAAAGUGAAAGAUGUCUGGUAAAAUGGGUUUACAAAAAGUUAUCACUUGUUAGGAUAAAGCCAUUAAUGAGGAAUUUGAAUAAAUUGCAUAAGCUAAUGCCUGCAUCAAGUAAAGGGUUUUAACAAUGAUUUUACCCUGCAUCGCUGUUGGUUAAAAAAAAUAUUUAAAUCAAGUUUUUAAAAAUAAUAGCAGACAACUAUUAUUUGAAGAGUAGAGAAGCUACUAGAAAUUUUACUUUCAAAGAUUUUUCUCUACCUGCCUAGAAAGAAACAUGUAAAAACUACUAGUAGCUUCUUGUUGCACCGCUAUUUGCUUGCCUAUAAAAGGCCACCAUCAUGUAACACUUUGAGCAUAAGUGAAAUCAAUUUUAGUUUGUAAAAUUCUAGUCUCUUCCUCCCUUGUGCGUGAGUGAGUUUGUGUAGAAUUUAUUUGCUCUCUCAUUUUAUCUUCUGCUGUGUAAGUGAGUUUAAUUUUGUGGCCAAUUGUCUAGAAUUGCUAUCAGAGCUAGAAAGCUUUAGUAGUAGUGAGAGAGAAAAAUAGUGAGUGUGUGAGGAACAAGAAUGUGUGUUAAAAAAUAGAGAUUUGAUACGGUUGAGAGAGAGAUGACUACCAAUUAUAACAUUGUUUGGUUUGGUCCCAAACUAGAUGGAAAAUUAGAUUUUUACUACUGGGAGGCUUUGAUGAGAACACAUUUGAGAGCUCACAAUCUUUGGAGUUUUGUUGAGAUGGGACUAGCUAAAGGAACUGAUGAUAUUGCUCGGAGGAAAGACCCGUUGGUGCUGCCGCAAAUUCAACAAAGGGUAGAUUUUUCAAUUUUUGGAAAAAUUGUAAAUGCCAAAACAGCAAAAGAAGCGUGUGAUAUCUUGAAGCUGUCUUACAAGGGAGUGGAAAAGGCCCAGAAGUUGAAGCUGUAAUCUCUGCGAAGAGAAUAUGAAAGGUACGAAAUGUAUGACUUUGAAUCUGUAGAACAAUAUUUUUCAUGUAUUACAAAUAUUGUCAAUAAGAUGAGGGUGUAUGGAGAGGACAUCUUAGACAACAAGGUGCCAGAUAAAAUUCUACACACCAUGCCAAUGAAGUAAGAUCAUGUAGUGACUACGAUAAUCGAGUCCCACGACACAAAUAUCAUGACUGUAGCAGAGUUGUAAGGUAGUAUUGAAAGCCAUGUGAGUAGAAUUUUGGAGAAGACAGGAAAAGUAGGUGAAGCAUUGAAGAGUCAAGUGAAUGUAGCUGAAUCCACUCAAGGAGCAAAAGCCAAAAGUCGAGGAAAUUAUAGAACCAGGAUGCGGAAAUUUCAAUCAAGGAAGAAAGAAUAAUUUCAAAGCUUUUAAUGAAGGAAGAGGUGUAGGUAAUUUUGGUGCUGCAAACUAAGGACAAGGUUAAGGUAACAAUUACCAUGGUCAAGCGAAUUUUAAUUGCUUCAACUAUGUAAAGUUUGGGCAUAGAGUUGUGGAUUGUAGACUCAAACAACAGGCAAACGUCGCAGAAAGUUAAAAUCUGGGUGAGAAUUCUAAUGCCCAACAAAGUUUAUUUUUAGCCAGUAAUAAUUUUCAGGAGGAUGAAAAUAUCUGGUAUUUAGAUAUUGGUUGUAGUAAUCAUAUGUGUUGGAAGGAGUUAUUUUCUUCUUUAGACGAAACGGUAAAAUCUACCGUCAAAUUUGGAAACAACGCAAAUAUUCCUAUUUUGGGAAAAAGCCAAAUCACGAUCAAGGAGGAUGGUUCACAAAAUUUCAUCUUUGAUGUUUUCUUUGCUCCCAAGCUUCUUCACAACUUAUUAAGUAUGGGACAACUGUCAGCGAAAGGUUUUAACAUGAAGAUUCAUUAAGGCUAUUGCAUGUUGAUUGACAAAAAUGGAAGACUCGUCGCUAAGGUGAAGAUGACUCCUAACCGCCUAUUCCCUUUAAAAAUUCAUCAUGAAAAGCUUUCUUGCUUAAGUUCAGUUAUUCCAAAUGAUGAUUGGUUAUGGCAUAUGCGCUUUGGCCAUUUUCACUUUUUUGGAUUAAAUUAUCUAUCAAGAAAAUAACUUGUUUCUAGUUUACCUAUUGUGAAUGUUCCUAAUGGAGUGUACGAGACAUGUGAAAUUGGAAAGAAACACAAAGAUUCAUUUUCAACCGGAAAAUCUUGGAGGGCAAGAAAGCUGCUCAAGAUAGAUCACUCAGAUUUGUGCUUAGUUGAGAUUCCAACACCUAGAGGUAGCAGGUACUUUAUCACUUUCAUCGUUGACUUUAGUAGAAAGACAUGUGUAUAUUUCUUGAAGCAAAAAUCUGAAGCUGGUGAUGCUUUCAAGAUGUUCACGGCGUUCGUAGAGAAGCAAAGUAGGUGCAGAAUCAAAGUACUCCGAACUGACAAAGGACAAGAAUAUCUCGCCUGCAAAACUUUCUUUGAUCAACAUGGAAUUUAGCAUCAAUUGACAACAAAAUACAUGCCUUAGCAGAAUGGAGUAGCUGAAAGGAAAAAUAGAACAAUCAUGGAUAUGGUGAGGUGCAUGCUGAAGGCCAAGAAAAUGCCUAAGGAGUUCUGGGCAGAAGCUGUUGCUACCGUUGUCUACAUUUUGAAUAGGUGCCUAACUAACAGUAUUCGUGAUAAGAUGCUAGAAAAAGCCUGGAGUGGAAGGCGGCCAUCAAUCAAACAUCUUAAAGUUUUUGGGUGCAUAACAUAUGCAUAUGUUUUAGAUCAGCUCAAGAAGAAAUUGGACGAUAAAGGAGAAAAGUGUAUUUUCAUUGGCUACAACACAGUCAAAAGCCUACAAGCUUUAUAAUCCACAAACAAAGAAGGUGAUUAUCAGUAGAGACAUGAUGUUUGACGAGAAAGACAUGUGGGAUUAGUCUUCAAAGUCUCAACAGGAGCCGGUGGUGAUCGCUGACAACCAUGAAGAAAAUGAUGAAAGGUUGUCAAAUCCAACACCUGAUGAGCCAAAAUCAUCCAGGAGGCCACAAAGGAAUCAUCAACUCCCAGCUAGAUUGCAAGACUGUGUCAUGUUUAAUCACAAUAAUCCAUCUGAUGAAGAGAUUAUCAAUUUUUCUUUAUUUGCAAACUAUGAUCCAGUUACUUUUGAAGAAGCCUCAAGUGAUGAGAAUUGGAAAAAGGCGAUGGAUGAUGAGAUUCGUGCUAUUGAGAAAAAUGACACGUGGGAGUUGGUGGACUUGCCAACAAACAAAAGGCCAAUUGAAUUAAAGUGAAUGUAGAAGACUAAGUACAACCUUAAAGGAGAAAUUGAUCGCUUCAAAGCAAGACUAGUUGCAAAAGGUUAUAAACAAAAACCAGGUAUCAAUUACUUUGAAGUAUUUGUUCUUGUUGCAAGUUUAGGUAUUAUUCGCAUGAUCAUUUCUCUUUUGGCUCAAAAUAGUUGGAAGAUAUAUCAGAUGGAUGUAAAAUUUGCAUUUCGGAAUGGUGUUCUGGAAGAAGUCUACGUUAAGCAACUUGCAGAAUAUGUUGUUGAAGGAAAGGAAGACAAAGUCUACAAGUUAAAAGAAGGCUUUGUAUGGGUUGAAACAAGCACAAGAGCAUGGUAUAAAAAGACCGAUUCCUGGUUUGUUCAUAAUGUCUUUGAAAGAUGUCCUUGUGAGCACAUAUUAUAUGUCAAAUCUAUUGAUCCUGGAGAUAUUCUCAUUGUGUGUCUUUAUGUUGAUGAUCUAAUCUUCACUGGCAUCAAUUCAAAGUUGAUUGUAGAAUUCAGGGAGGCUAUGAUAAGUUGUUUUGAGAUGACAGAUUCAGGCCUGGUGUCCUAUUUUCUUGGCAUUGAGGUCAAUAAGCAAGAUGAUGGGUUUUGCAUCUCCUAGAGGAAGUAUGCAUGUGAUAUUCUGAAGAAAUUCAAGUGAAAGAAUUCAAAGCCUGUUUCUACACCAGUUGAAGAGAUGUUGAAGGCAAAAGGGUGGAUGUAACUCUAAAUAAGAGUUUGAUUGGAAGUUUGAGAUAUUUGGUUGCAACAAGACCAUAUAUUGUCUUUGGAGUCAGUUUGCUUAGCAGAUUCAUGGAGGAGCCACGCGUUAGUCACGCGUUAGUCAUUUGCAGGAGCUAAGAGAAUUCUUAGAUAUAUUAAAGGUACUCUGACUGAUGAAAUUUUUUAUGCUAAGAAUAAUCAUGUAAAGCUUGUCAGAUAUACAGACAGUGAUUGGGCAGGUGCAGUAUCAUGGUCCUCAAAGAAACAACUAAUAGUUGCACUUUCAACGGCAAAAGCAAAAUAUAUUACAACAACUAGUUGUGCCACACAAAGUAUGGCUUAGUAGAAUUUUAGAAGAGAUGCAUCAUCAGAGAAUGCUCCUACAAAAAUAUUAUGCAACAACAAGUCGGCUAUUGCAUUGAGCAAAAAUCCGAUCUUCCAUGAGAGAUCUAAGCACAUUGAUAUUCGAUUUCACAAGAUACGAGAGUUGGUAGCAAAUAAAGAAGUUGAGAUUAAUUGUUGCCCGAUUGAGGAGCAAGUAGCAAAUAUUUUUUACGAAGUUGUUGAAUACCGAGUUAUUUUACAAGAUAAAGAAAAUGCUCGAAAUGAUACAAGCUUGAUUUAAGGGAGGCAAUGUCAAUUAAAAAAAUAUAUUUAAAUCAAGCUUUUAAAAACAAUAGCACCACUAUUAUUGGAAGAGUAGAGAAGCUGCUAGAAAUUUCACUUUCAAGAUUUUUCUCCACCUGCCUAGAAAGAAACAUUUAGAAACUACUAGUAGCUUCUUGUUGUACCCCCAUUUGCUUGCCUAUAAAAGGCCACUUUCAUGUAACAUUUUGAACACGAGUGAAAUCAAUUUUAAUUUGUAAAAUUCAAGUC